UGAACCCUCAUAGUCAAUUUGCAAACCUCUUGCACUCCAAUGGCUUAGAAUCCAAACUCCAGAAAUCAAUAAGCUAAUAUCCAUUUAACAUGAGCCGCCACAAGGACAUGGAAAUUGAUCCAUCUCAAGAAGACGAAUCCCCAAACCCAAAAUCCAAUACGUUACAAAACCUCACCACAGGUCCGUUAACCUCUUUCAUAUCAAAACUGUCAGGCUCUUCCAGAGGCAUACCUUCAAACCAAGACUUUCACUUCUACUACAACUUCGAUGAAUUCAAAUCCCCCAUCAAACUAAUCAAUGGAAAUUCGAGUUUUUUGUUAGAUUCCGUCGGGGCAUCUGCGCGGUUAUGGGGAAGAGAAAUGGGUUUUCCGGAAGAUAUAGACGAGGAAUAUGAUUGGUUGGUUAAUGUGAAUGAUGAGCUAUAUGAGAGGUUUAACGUUUCCGUGGAUGAAUUCCGGAAUUUGAGGAAGAAAGAAGAGGAAAGUGAGGUUCGAGUAAUGAGUGAGAUUGCUUCGGAAAAUGGGUUUCAGUUGGUGUAUGGGAAGAAGAAGAGGAAUAAAGGGCUGGGUGUGGGUGAAGUGGUGGGGAGGGGUGGGGCUGAAGAGGGGAGUACGGUGAAGGUGGUCUCGAGGGAUAAGAAGGUGGGUACCGGGGGGAACAAGCCGAAAGUGCCAUUUCAUAUACCAACAAUAACGAGGCCGCAGGACGAGUAUAAGAUAAUCGUAAAUAAUUCAAACCAGCCGUUUGAACAUGUUUGGUUACAAAGGAGUGAGGAUGGGACAAGGUCUAUUCAUCCGCUGGUUAGUGUCUUUGUUUUUAUCGCACUUUUUUAUAUAGAUGUUGCACUAUGUUUUUGUGUACAUUGA